CACGAGGGCGGAAGUGAAAAGUGACAGAAAAUAACAGUCUUUCGAAACCGAAAUUGGCAAUCGACUGUGGAUGUUCUGUGAUAUUUAUGGCAAACCGAUGAGGGGAGAUUAAUUUUACAAGCCAAGAGUUAUUUUAAUGAAGUAAUUUUUAGUUACAUUUUGCGUAGGAGACGAGAUUUUCCUAAUGAAUCAUGCAAAGGUAUCCUGUAUUGCGAUGUUGGCACGAAGUCAAUCGUAGACAAUGAAUUCGUACAGUUUACUUCCCUUUUACUCGAUAUUAUUUUCGUUGCUGUCCUCUACCUACGUUUCCUCGCUAGGAAAUCAUUCUCGAGGUAAGAUGGAAGGUUUAUUUUGAUAAAUACACUUCUUUGGGGUUCGUUGUGUGCUUUUAGUAACUAAACCAAGCACUGUGCAUAUAUCAAUUAUUUAGUUUGCGUUAUAAUGGACGUUGCACCUUUGAAGUAAGUUUAUGAAAUGAUUUGGUUUAAGGUUAUCGGCAUGGUGAACAGGUUUGAAUUGUGUUCGAAUUUUAAAAGGGUGACUUUAUAUUUAAUUUAUUAAGGUUCUCUCUGUAGUUAUCACUGAAUUCCUUUAACGAUUAGAAUCAUAGAAGGCAUGUAUACACGGAAUAUAUUGAAUUUGUUUGCAGGGAGGAAUGAAAUCCCUUCUAUUUCUUUGGUUGCUCGCCAAUUUUCGUGGCCCUACAGUUUCUGUUUUGUUUGGUUUUGAUUCUUUUUUCAUAUAAGCCAGUUUAACUCUUAGGAUGAAAUCAGUCAUUUCCUUCCCUCUUGCAUAAUUGAGCUGCAAUUUAUUUUCUUUAAAUUAAUGAACAAAAUCAACGUGGUUCAGAUGCUAUCUUUUAAUGAGCCUGAUACAAUAUCGGAACUGACUUACGCUGUGUGCGAAAAUGUCGAUGUCUAAAUUAAGUACAGAUUAACGGCGUGUGAACGCCAGUUAGUUUACUUUCUGACUGGGGGUGCAUUUUGGAGUUGCUAUACGGAGCAAUCUAGGUAUGGACGUAAGUAGCAAAUUUUGAAAAAGCAAUGUAAAUCCGAAAUCAGUUUCAACAGUCAACUUAAAAUUUCUCCAUUCUUUAAAACUCUUGCCAGGAUAUUGUUCUGAAAUGUCAAAGAGAGGUGAGAUACAUGUCAUCUGUUACUAAAACGUUUGGUACAUCUUUGGUCUGCCUAUUAAGUACAUGUACUUACCUUAUAUAUAGGAAAAUCCUAAUUUGCAACUACUUUCCAUACACUAAUAUUGCCCAAUGAUUUACAAAUUAUAGAAUGUUUGCUCAAAACCUCAUCAGUUGAUUGCUGUAGACUUAUGUUUAAAUAUUAAAUGGUAAUAAAUUGACAUGGUUUUCAACAAAACUAGUUUUGUUUAAAUCACAUAUAGGCAAUAUUAGUGAGUCACCUUUAGUUAGUAAAUGCAGAUUUGGAUUUAAAGAAUUAUAUAUGAGAUGUUUACUUAUACUUUUUUGGCUUUGGCAAGUGAAAUCUCCCAGAACCUUAUCAUUAUAAAUUUAGUGAAAAUAACAAUUACAUUCAUUUGCUUUUAUUUCAGCUUCAUUUGUCACAAUUGAACCAGGGAGCCCUGACAAUUCAUACUUUGUCUUAAGGGGCUCUGUAUUUCUGUUAAACUGCACUGUAAGAUCUGGAUUUGGACAAACUCCCAAUGUAUCCUGGAAGCACAAUGACAAAUGGUUGUUUGAUCGAGCGAAAAAAAUUGAUGAUUCAACAGUUCAGUUGCAAUUAUUGAAUGCAAGUGCCCAUGAUAAUGGAAUUUACUGGUGUGGUCCAGUAUCUGGUGAUAAAUCCCAAGGAGUAAAUAUCUCAGUCACUGUGGCAGGUAAUAAUCUGUUUUAAUUUCACUUUGAUAUAAUUUAUACUUAUUGAGAGCUUUUUUUUGAUAUGAUUUCAGUGCAGUUUAUUGUAAGAAUUAUGGUCACUGUGUAAAUACCAGAACUCCUCCAAAUCUCAAAGAAAGACAAAACUAAACAUUGAAUUUAAAGCCACAUACAUACAUGGAUAAAUUACAAAGGAAGAAUGUUUUAAAAAAAGCAGUAAAUGGUUUGAACCCAGAGGUAACUGUUGAUAAAGUAUUCUGAUCGUCUGAGUGAGAGUAAUCUUGAAAAGGAUCAAUGUAAUUGGCGAUGGCAGACAUUCCAACAAAGUGAGAUAAAGUAAUUAUUAGAUCAGUCAAGUUCUUAAAAUCAAAGUUUACCUCACUUAUAUUAGUGCUGGGUACUCACUGGACAGUGUUUUGUGAAUUUUUUUUUUUUGGUUAUUUUGUUUGUUUCACUUGUUUAAAAUUUAUUGAGACAUUUAAGUUUGUAAUAAGACACACUGUGUAUCAAAAACACAUUAAAUACCUAAUAUUCCCUGGACUUUUAUAAGCAAACUAGAAAUCUUGUAGGCUUCAAUUUAAAUGUACAAAAGGCUUUAUUGCAUUUAACUCCUUCAAUUAGCUCAUGAUUCUCCUUUUCAAUUAGCUUUUAUAUUAUAAAGUGUGAUACUUUAUCCCUUUGUCCCUAAAAUGAUUAGAAACCAACUUCUCCUCACAGUAACACCCUGAAUCGAGCAAUCACCAAUUAAAGAAGCUUGUGAUUGUUAAACAAAUUCUCCUCAUCAGUGCAAUAGAUAUAUUAAUAGAGAACAGUAAUAUGCAUAUGAUGGUAUAAAUUAGUUAUUUAAAGCCAAUUUCCGUGGAGACUCACACAGUCAUAUAAACUAUUCUGACUUUUGCUUUCCAGAUCCACCAAGUUGCCCACGGAAUUUAAACCUCAAAAUCUAUGGUGUUUAUCCAUUUACAGAUGUCUGGAUACUGUGGUCAUCUUCCAGCUAUACUGGUGGUUUACCUGUGAACUACUCCAUCAAAUUGUGCAAUGACAAACCUGACAACUCAUGUCAGAAAACUGCCUGCAGGUUGAUCAACAUAAAAGAAUGCCAGCCUGUAAACAUUCUCAGCACUACAAUGAAUUUCAAGUGCAUUCUGAAAACUUUCUUAGAUGCCUGUGUCUAUAAUAUUUCUGUUAUGGCCACAAAUGCUGUUGGAAGUGCACAAAGUCUAAUUUACCUGCCAUUUAUCUCUAUAAGUUCAGGUAUUUUUUUCAAAGUGCUUCUUCAUUAAUUAAGGAUAAUUUUAGUAUUGCUAAUAAUAUCACAAUCCCCAUAAUGAUUUCAGUCAUUAAACCUUCAACUCCUAGAAUCUGAUUGUUAAUUGUCUCAUCCAGCUCAGUGUAACACAUUUCCUGGUGAAUUAGUUACAAGAAUUUGGUGUUAGAUCAAGAUGACAGCUUCUACCUGAUAAUUUUGAGUAAUCUCAUUACCUGUUUGCUGGAUUAAAUAUUUUGAUAAUUUAACAAGACGUUACAUGUUAUUGUCAAUGCUGGAAAAUUAAAAGGUUAAUGUUUGUCUUUCAGUUACACCCAAGCCUCCUGAAACUUUUAGUGUUGAGCGCACAGAUAAAGAGGGUGAAUUGCGUGUGCGUUGGAAAGCCAGACCAUCUUGGGAUCUAGCCGACCAAAAUUAUACAGUGCUCUAUCAUGCCAAAGGGGAGAUUAAAAAUAGGGUAUGUUUAGGUAAACAUUUUCUAACUAAUUUUUCACACAUCACCCAUUGUAAAUGAAAUGUUACUGACUAAGAGAACUGUCCUCAAAGCUUUAAUAAAAUUAAAUGAACAAAUCAAAUUAUUUUACAUGUCAAGAUAAAAAACUGCAUCAGUAAUUUGUGAAGAAAGAGAGGGGGGAGGAGAGGAGUGGGAGCAGUUAUAGCUCAAGACAGGUGAAUGAAAAUUGGCAGAAAGAGUGGGAGAAUGAAAAUUGGCAGAAAGAGUGGGAGAAUGAAAAUUGGCAGAAAGAGUGGGAGAAUGGAAAUUGGCAGAAAGAGUGGGAGAAUGAAAUUUGGCAGAAAGAGUGGGAGAAUGGAACGAAAACUUGUGGUCUCCUGGUCUGAGAAACCUAUGUCAGUAGCAUAAAAAAUGAUUUAAAAAUUGUUUUUUAUGUAUUGAUGUAUUUUUCAUGUUUCAAAAUGGCUAUUCACUGUUUUUAUUGUAUGCACAAGUCAAACUAUUUAUUCAUUCAGUUGGACAUUUAUUUCUUUAAUCAUCAGGGCCAAUUUUAUCAUGAUUACUAAAUUAGUUAAUGUCAUUAUUGUUAAAUUAAGAGAAUAUCAAAGUAAUUUUUUAAUUUAAUAUUAAUACACAUACUUUUUAAAUGUUUGUUUCAUUUCAGACAAGCACUACAUCCAAUAAAGAAUUUACACUGCUCACUGGACUGAAAGACUUUACAGAGUAUUAUGUUUAUGUUGUGGUCAGAUUAGAUGAAUCAGCCUGGAGUGAAGCCAUCGGGCCAAAAAAAAACAGGACAAAAGCAGGCUGUAUGUCUUUUUAAUAGUUGUUGCCCUUGUAUCUAUGUAUUCCAGGCCAUAAUUUCUCAUUUCUUCUACAACCCACACUUGGUUACAGAAAUGUUCCCUGUUAUUUGCAAACUGUUGAGUCACCUUGCACAUUGUCUAAAUAUGAAUCAUUUUUAUGGGUGUAUUUGCAAUGGCAUCCAAUAUGAGCAAGCAAUUCUUGUUUUUCUUGAGAGUAUAAAGUGCCAUGUCUCUUUAACCUUUUAAGUGCCAUAUACCUAUCAUUAUGCUCAUUUUUCUCUUUUGCCAUUGGUCACUCUGACUGUUCUUUUCUAAGGACUUCCUUAUCACCUUCUCCCUCUUGUCUCCCACCUUCUUGCACACAUUGCCUCUUUGUUUCUUUUCUCAUCAGCUUAAUUGUCUUGUGGGCCCUGUUUCUCUAGAGCAAGUUCUAGCACCCUAACCAGUCCAUUUUGUUUCUUUAGCUGAUAGUUUUGUUUGUAUAGUUUUCAAAACUUUUGAAACUCCCAUCUGGAAUGAAAACAGAACAGCCAUAGGGGCCCAUAAAGUACAAGGACCUUAGAGAAACAGGCCCCUGGCAGGUCACUUCCCUAAACUAUACCCCCAUUUACUGACCUUUUCUUGAUCUUGCCUCCUUUCCCUUCACUCUAAUUCCAUCCUUUCCUUUUACAAUCUAUUUCUCUCUCUUUUCCUUAACUUCAAAUUAACUUUCCUCCCUUCAUCCUUUGCUCCAAUUUUUUUGUCUUGAUUAACCCUCUCUCCAAUCUCGCAAUCCUUUACCAUAUUCUUCCAUUCCCUCCACCCCUCUACAGCUGUAGAUGACAUCAAUCAUUUUGAUUACAGAUCCAGUCAAUCUACCAAAGGUGAUAAGAGAUUAUUCAAUAUCCUUUCCGGGCAAUUCUGGUCUCAGGAAUGUAUCAGUGGAAUGGAAGGUGGGUUUUAAACCUUAAUUCUUGAUACCUAACAUUUCUUUUUAGAACACAUGUCUGGGUGUGUACACUUCAAACUGGACUUUUUUCAAUUUGAAAAUUGUUCAUCAUUGAGUCUGCUAUACUUCAAUUUGAAAAUCAUUCAGGCACAAAACUUGUGGUCUAAGGCUAAAUAAUCGUGGUAAACUCGUAGUUUACAGGCUUUAUAUUUUUCUCUAAUGAUUGAGAUAAUCUGAGUGAUUUUUUUCUUUCGGGAAAGGGUUUUCUGAAAAAAAAUUCAAUAUAUUGUCUGAAGUACAGCAAGAUUUCAUGGGUUUUGUUUUAUCUAUCCACUGUGAUUAGUCCAGAAAAAUCAUGCCAUUUUCUUUACUAUUCAGAUGCAAAACUAGAAACCAAUGGUGCCUUGGCUACACGCAUUUCCAAGGCUUUUAACACUUUAAUUGUUUUUACUUUGAGUUCUGAUUUGCUCCUUGUGAUUUUUUGUUCCAUGAUUGGGCAAUUUAAUUGUUAUCACCGGUACUUGGUUUUGGUUUUUACCACACUCAGAUGAGAUGGGGCCCUCUUGGCUGCCUCGUGAAAUAAUUUGUUUGUUUGUUCUUUGCUAUUAUUCAUCAUUCGAUCUCUUUGGGUGGGGAGUGCUUCUCAUAGUGAUGUCUGGUAAUAGAGAUUUGAUCUAAUGCCACCAUGAUGAUGACAAAAGGUAAUUGUCUCUCAGCCGGCAGAUACCUCAUCAUGGCGGGGCAAUCCUGGUCAGUACGUGAUUUCAUGCGCAUACCAUGUUGGCCAGAGGGAAGUUAAAGGUUGUAGUUAUGCUACUGAUGCCAAAGCAACCAACAUUACUUUACCAAGAUUGGAAAAUGCGCACAGCUAUGAUGUCUUCAUGAUCAUGCGUAAUAUGGAAGGAAAGUCCAGCACACGUAGAUUGGUUUAUGUCAUUAAGAAAGUGCAAGGUGAGUGAUGAAAAAGAGCAGAAUGUCACCUCUUGAUAUGAUCCUUCUUUGCAUAAAUGUGGUAUUACCUGCCUGAGUGUGAUUGUUAUGAGUUCAAUGUUUUGGCACUGGUGACUUUACUCAGGAUUAUUGGUAAAAAAAAAAAACAAUUGAAACAAGUUUAAUAUCACAGCUACAUAACAUCCUGAAUCCAACAACAUGAAUCACAAUGAACCCUGGAAUGUAGAAAAGUCAGCAUAUUUAACCCUUUACACCCUAACUGGAUCAUUAUGCAUAUUCUCUAUUCUGUUUUUUAUACAUUACUAAGUUCUAACAAGGAGAAUUUGUAAAACCAUCAAGAGCUUCGUUAGUUGCAGAUCAUUUCCUUUAUUCUUGUGACUUAAACAUUUGUUUCAGGGGUGAUAUUGUAAGGAGAAAUUAGAACCUUGUCACUCUUAGGGAUUAAAGGGUUAAACCUGAUGGGUGACAACCUUGAAAACUAUGAACCAAACAAAAGGAACCUGAACAAUAAAAUAACAAAACUACAGCUCAAAGGAUUACAAAUAUUUUGCUGAAAAUACCCACAAUAAUAAUUACCUAUGCCUAUCAGAAAAAAAAAAGAAACUUAUAAUAAUAAUGAAUGUUCUAUAAGCACAAAUACAAUGACGAAAAAUUAGAAGACAUGAUAUGACAAUUACAGUUUUUCAAGUUUCUAGACACAUCACCUCCUGUAUAUACAAUAACAUUAACCUACACGCAUGUGUUCUUAAUAUAAUUGGGAAAACGCAAUCAGAAAACAUUUGUAACUUUUCAUGUUGUGAAAAUACAUCUUACCCAAAGUUUUGAUCAGUGAUUGUGAUAAUUUUCUAUUAUUGGUUUAGUUGUGUGAAAGUUUUUUUUUGAAAUAGACUCCUCAAUCACUGCUCUCUCUUUUAUUCCUCAGAGACUCAAACAACAACGACCCAAGAAAGAAAAUUAAGUAGGGGAGAAAUUGCCGGGCUUACUAUUUCAGUUCUCGUAGGAUGUACUAUAGCUGGAGUUGCUGUUUACUUUGUAAGGUAUGAAGAUGAAUUUCUGUUGGUUUUUAGGGUGGAAGGAAGGGGGGGGAAGACAGUAAGGGAUGGCAGUGUGAGAGGGCAGGGAGCUCAGGAACCAAUCAAUCCACUAUCCCUGGGCGGAUGGAAGUUUUUUUUUUGAGGGGGUGGGUGGGGGGGAGGAGAUCACACGGAAUUUAAAGGAAACAGAGGGGACAUCAGUCGUUGUCGCCAACAGAGUAUGAAGUGGGGGGUAGGAUAGGUAUAGAAAACUGACUACUAAUUAACUGCCAAUGAUGAGGGUGUAGAUCAUAAGAAUGUUACAGAACCUUAAGGAAGGAUCACGUAAAUCUUACCGUGACACAAUCAAAAUCCUCCAGAGAGGGUGGAAGAGAAGUAUUGGGAGUGAACGAUAGGGAAACAGAUGCAGAUAUGGAGAAAGAAACUGACAAAGGUGUGUGAUUUUGAGAAAGGAAUAAUGGGAAAAGAGACGGAGAUGGAGAGGGAGAAAUAGAUGAGAAGGAAGGAAGGAAGAGAGAAACGAAGGAAUGGAAAGAAGAGAGCAAAAGAAUAAGAAGGAAUGUGAGAGCAAGGGAUUGAGAGGGCGAGGGUAGAAGGGACUUGUUUGGAAGGAAGCUGAAAUAGAAAUGAGGGUAGGCUGUGUGGGACAAUGAGAAAGUAUUGGUAACAGCACAGUAUUCCAAAAUAUUCCAGUAAUUAUCUCACAGGACUUUAUCAUUAUCUUUACCCAACGCCUUUUUUUUUUUUCGUAAUGGUAGAAAAUGGGGACGCCGGCAAACACCUCUGAUGCCCUUGCAGGACAUUCAGCUAGAGGUAAGUAUUUUUUAGAAGGUGGGGGGAGGGUUUUCCUUUGGUGUCUACGUGUGGUUAAUAGAGGCAGAAUUGAAUGGCUAUAUGAAAACAUCCUUCAAGGUACAAAAAUAGUCAUAAUAGCACUUUUUUCUUAGAUGUUUAGUCGAAAUAUUUGCUCAAGCGGUUCAUGCGUCUUGUUUACGUUUUUCGUUUAUUUAUGCGCUUAUUGAUAUAUCAAUUUCUUCCUUAUACUCAUGAGAAGCACUUGCGGAUUUGUAGAAGGAAGUUCGUUUUUACGUCGGAAAGUUGUCUUCAAUAGUUGCGUCGGUGUAUUCGUUUCUGUUCACCAAUAGCUUAGAGCUUGUGGAUUUAGUUUCGGCGAAGUAGCGCGGUUUGCUCAUUUCUUCCGCAUACUUCUAUGAUAAAACACACAAGCGCGUUUAAUAUCGUGUUUUUGUAGCACAAUUCCGCUCGAAAGCAUUUGUCUUAUUCACAUUCGUUUUUGUGUCAUGAGCUGGGACUGUCUGUUUUCUAAUUACAAACUAAGCAGUGUCAACUUCAAUGAUAGUCCGUGUUGAUUAUCACCAAGUCACUUUUGGAUCCUUUUUAUUUUCCAGCCGCCGCCAGUAGAGUAUGACUACAUCGCUGAAGCGGACAGCAAAGACGCUAAUGGGGACUACAGUCAACUCUAUGACAAGUAG